GUUUCCAUAUAAAAAUGAUUUGCCGAAUAUGUUUGAGAAAUUCUGAUAAAUACUUUGGUUUUUUUGAUGAAGAGGGAAUUAAAGUAAAGGCAGCAGAAAUUAUAGCGAAAUAUUUUUGGUUUGAACCAAAACUAGAUGAUGACAUCUCUAACAGUAUUUGUAUAAUAUGCUGGUCAAUCAUAAAGAAUUUUCAUGAGCUCUAUAUUGAAGCAGAAGCAGCAAACUCAUCGUGGAUUCCUGCUUUGAAUUCUAUAAAAGAAGAUCCGAGUUAUGAUGAUGUUGGUACUGAAUAUGGUGUCUCAAUUGGAGAGGAUAGAGAUGAAGAUCUUGGUAAUUAUAAAAUUAAAGAGGAAUCUGAAACUAGUAUAUCUUGCAAGACUAUUAGUGGAGAAGAUGAUGAGAAAAGUCAACCUGAUCUAACUAUAUCGGAAAAAGAUGAAUCAAAAUACGAAAACGUACAAAAGCAAGAAUGUAAAACGGACAUUAUAAUUGAAACAUUAGAACAGACAAAAAAAAGGAAAAGGGGACGCCCUUCCGGGAGUAAAACCAUAAGAAAAAAAUUGAAAAAAAAGGUAAAAUCGCACGAUAGUUUAGAGAAUGAUAAAGAAAAGUUAACACAGAAGUAUCAGAAAAAGAGUCCUGAAGAAAUGGCUGCGCUUCAUGAAAGAUUAGCUGAGGGUGACAUAAUGAUUGCAAACUUUACCAAAAUAAUAUGUAAUGUGUGUUCUGUAGAGCUUCCAAACUUUACAAGUCUAAAAACUCAUAGUACAUUUGUUCAUAAACAAAAAGGUUUUAUAAUUUGCUGUGAUAAAAAAUAUUUUAAAAGGAGCAAGCUUGUUGAUCACAUUGAAAAACAUGUUAAUCCGGACAAAUAUAAAUGUCACCUUUGCAACAAAAUAUCUAUGACAAGAUGGACUUUGAAAAUGCAUAUGUUUAACGUUCAUAAAGCAGUUAAAACUGAGAGUUUGUUGCAUCACUGUACAUUUUGCGGUAAAGGGUUUAAGUUGAAAAGCGUUUUGCUCCGGCAUCAACUAGUUCAUGUUCCUGAAGAAGAAAGAAAAUUUAAGUGCUCUCAAUGUGACAAAUCAUAUCCUUCUCAAGGAACUUUAAAUCAUCACGUUCGCACGUAUCAUGACAAAAGAUAUUCUGGAAUGUGUGAUAUAUGUGGCAAAACGUACAACAAUAAACAAGAUGUUAAACGUCACAGACUUGAAGUACAUGAAGGUGCAGAGCGUAUGAAAUAUAAAUGCAAAUAUUGUGAUCUUCAAUUUACUACAAAAUAUCUUUGCAACAGACAUAAAUUUGAAGAACAUGAACAUCAAAAUCAAAUUAUCGAACAUAAAUGUAAGACAUGCAACAAGAUUUUAUCAAAUUCUGAAGCACUUAAGAGCCAUAUUCAGUAUGCACAUAGGGCCAAACCCAAAUUUGAAUGCAGUUUAUGUGGGAAAAACUUUAAGAGGGAACUUGUAUUAAAAGAACAUAUGGCAGCUCACACUGGUCAGCCUUUAUAUGCUUGCCCACAUUGUCCAAAAACUUUUACACACAGUUCGAAUAUGCAUCAUCAUAGAAAGCGUGUGCACCCUAUUGAAUUUGAAGAAGCUCGCUUAUUAAAAGAUGAUAAAAAGGAAUCGUGGUGUAAAAUGACAGCUUUAGCGAAUUGAAAGUAUAAGUAUUUAGAAGAAAGUAUAAGAAAGUAUUUAGAGGAAAUCUUAAGAAAAGCUUCAAAUACUAAGUAAGAACAAGGGAAAAUACAUUAUUACAAAGCCAACUUGUAAGCUGAUCAAUAUGCACCGAUUUAUCGACAGGUAUACAAAGUUAGUUUCAAAAUUAAAACAUUUAAUUUUUUUGUAAAUUUUCUGUUGAUUAUAAUUUUAUGACAAAUAUUUUAUACUAUAAUUUAAGAAUAAAUCACGGAAAUAGUAUUGUAA